UUUAUAUACACUAUUAAUUAUUUUCGUUUCCUUUCAGUCCCCAUGUUUAUAAUAAGAUAUAAAUCUUAUACUCGUGUUUCGUUUCCUUUCUCUUGUUCUAAAGAAAUUCUUGUCGUUUGACUAUUUGUUUCCCCCAUUGAUGUGAGAAAAAAAAAAUCAAAGGUAAAAAUGAGAGACGAGAAAAAAGGAGCAAAUAAUAUGAUGACUUUUGCCGAGAACGACAUCACAUUGAAGCCGAAUUUCGGAACCAUGUUAUAUUCAGACCCAAAUAUUAGCUCUUCCAACAUGAAUAGCCUCGAUCAAGAUGACUAUGCCAUGCGUAACAGUAGUGCUUCCUUAACGAGCCCAUUGGGGUUCGAUCCCAGCAGGAUAAGCACCGAGGGGUCUCCUAUGAUGAUGUCUCCUUGGAAUCAAGUUUCACCUUACUCCAAGUCUCCAUGGUCCCAACAAUUUGAUGAUCCUCUACCUUCCAACACUCUAAUCGGCUCACUUGUUCGCGAAGAGGGUCAUAUUUACUCAUUGGCUGCCGCCGGCGACCUCUUAUACACAGGCUCCGACAGCAAAAACAUCCGGGUCUGGAAGAGUCUCAAGGAGUUUAGUGGUUUCAAAUCUAAUAGCGGUUUGGUGAAAGCGAUUGUCAUCUCGGGUCAAAAGAUUUUCACAGGCCACCAAGACGGGAAGAUCCGGGUCUGGAAAGUCGCACCCAAGAACCCUAGCGUGCACAAACGCGCAGGGACAUUACCCACCCUGAUGGACAUUUUCAAAAGCUCCGUCAAACCCAGCAAUUACGUCGAGGGUCGACGUCGUCGCUCCUCACUCUGGAUCAAACACUCGGACGCCAUUUCUUGCCUGACCUUAAGCGACGACAAAACCUUGUUGUACUCCGCCUCGUGGGACCGGACCUUGAAGGUGUGGCGAAUCGACAACUCCAAGUGCCUCGAGUCAAUUAACGCUCACGACGACGCCGUCAACGCAGUCGUGGCUACUGUCGAGGGAUUGGUCUUCACCGGCGCCGCUGACGGAACCGUUAAGGUAUGGAAGAGGGAGCAGCGUGGGAAGGUGACGAAGCAUUCGCUGGUUCAGAAACUGAUGGUGCAAGAGAGCGCAGUAACCGCUCUGGCCGUUAACACCUCCGGUUCAAUAGUUUAUUGUGGGUCCUCUAACGGUUUGGUCAAUUUUUGGGAACGUGAGAAGCAGUUUUCUCACGGUGGGGUCCUCAGGGGUCACAAGCUUGCGAUCCUCUGCCUCGCAGCUGCAGGGGGGCUGGUGUUCAGCGGCUCCGCAGAUAAGACCAUAUACGUGUGGAGGAGGGAUGGCGUCAUCCACACGUGCCUGUCCGUCUUAACGGGCCACACCGGCCCAGUCAAAUGCGUAGCUGUGGAAAUGGAUCGCCAGUCCGUUAGCAGUGAUCAGAGGUGGGUCGUUUACAGUGGGAGCCUCGACAAGUCGGUUAAGGUUUGGAGCGUCUCGGAAUAUGCCCAAGAUUUUAAUCUGACGGCAGCGAUGCAACACCAACAUGCGAUUUCCGAUGUGGACUCUUUGCCGUCUGACGGGAGCUACUCGUCCGGGGGCCGCGGUAGCAAGAACAGGAGAAACUGAGCUCGACCCCAUUUCGGGCCCGGGGAGAUUGAGAUCGUGACAUUAGCUCCAACUGUAAUGUGCCACGUGUUAAUAUAACUGGUGGGGAUGUUUAAUUUGUGACACGUGGAUUGACUGUUACGCGUUUGCCUGGGAACACUAUAGUUUCUUUCUUUUUCUUUUUUUUUUUGGUAUUAAAAAAGAAUUGGACUUGUUAAGGUUGGUUUGCUUGGUAUGAAUGUGACAAAUAUGAUACGAAUGAUUGUGUAGAACUCGUGGGGAUGCAGAGUCCUAGUGUAACACUAAUCAAUGGCAAAUAAAUUUUUAAUA